UCACUAUUGCCUGGUGUGAACUGAGCUUGUCGUGUGAUGGAAUUCUGUCCGCAAAAAUGACUCAGGAAAAGUCAUGCAUAAGCAUCUAAUGGACGAUAAAUACUUUUGUCAGUCCAGGGACUCGAAGACGGUCACAUUAAUUUGCUCAACCUAACUUGUGCGAAAGUGAACGGGACCAAAGUAGAAACUGUAGUCACUUGCUGAGGUUCUCUCUAAACUUACAGCAGGAGCAGGGCUCGGGCGGACUCUUUGUUCCGGGCUCUUCAGCUGGCGGUGGCGGAAGGUUGUGUGGGUUGCACUCGGCGCUGCUCCUACCGGUUAAGAUGGCGGCGGUUUCACGUGGAGACGGCGGAGUGGGAGCAGGACUGAGCGAUUCUGAUGGUGAUCUUGCAAGUGAUCACUUCUCUUCACAGGAUGAGGAAAAUCAUGAUUCAAAAACUGAACUUGGAGAGGAAACUGCAGACCUGAGUUCAACAAAUCCCAAUGCUGGCUGGGCAGAUGCCAUGGCCAGAAUUCUUAAUAAGAAGGUUCCUGGUGACAAACCAACCAUUCUUGCUAAAAAUAAAGAGAACCUGAAAGAAAAAGAGAAACAUAAGCAGGCAAUGUUAGAAAAGAUGAAGCAGCUGGAUAAAAAGAAAGAAUGGGAACAGAUGUGCAGAGUGAAACCUAAUGUAGCUAAAGAUCAAGAGACUGAACGGACUUUCCAAAGAAUAGCCACCAGGGGUGUUGUGCAGUUAUUUAAUGCUGUUCGAAAGCAUCAAGCUAGUGUGGAUAAAAAAAUUAAAGAAGUAGGUGGGUCUGAACAGAAGCGUGCCAAGUUACUGUACUCUGUCUCAAAGAAAGAUUUCAUCGAUGUGCUCCGAGGAUCAGAACCGAAUGUUCGACAGGGCUCAGCAGCAAGACCAGUUGAUAAUGUAAAAAAGGUUAAAGUUAAAUCAGAAGACAGUGCAGCAUGGAACAUAUUACGCGAUGACUUCAUGAUGGGAGCUACAAUGAAAGACUGGGAUAAAGAGAGUGAUGAAGAAGCGAAUGGUGAUGCUGCAGAGAAAAGUGAUUCAGCCCGAUGAACCCUGCUCUCAUCCUUACUACUUGGCACAAACCAAACUAGAGUAAUGCUCAUUCUGUGAAUGCAAUAGAUGUUGUAUAUGGGAACGAGUUGCCUCUUUAAUAAAGCGUUGUUUGUUUUCCAAA